GCUUUUCCGAAUCCUGAGGCUAGUGGGAGGACGGGCUCAUACUAAUCCCUAGCCAAUUUUUUCUUCUGCUGGUGGCAACCUCGAUAGAGAAGUGUAGGUUCGCUUUUCUUGUUAUUCAGCAAGAGGUUGAGGAUCUCGCUUUUUGUGUUCGACCUCUCGUGCAAGGAUUUUGUUCCGAAAGGGGUCUCUUCUUGUGUCAAGUACGCGCUGCCACAAUGGGAAAGCAGCGUGGGGAGCGGUCAAAGAGCCGGCCGUCGAGCAGCAGCCUUGCUGCGUCACUUGUCUCCGGUGGCAAUGCACCACCUGCUGGGUUCGGCUUCGGGGGCUUUGUCGGCAGCGCUCGGGUCGCGGAGGCCACAAAAGGAGCUGAUGAGGAGAUCUCAGCGGACAUUGAUGGAGAAAUCGCAUCUCACUUGCGGCGCCUCUCCAAGCGCGACUCCACAACCAAGCUAAAAGCUCUCGCGGCCCUGGGGCCAAUGUUUCACGAGCGGCCCCCCAGCGAGCUGGUGGCAGUGCUCCCGUCCUGGGUGUUCAUCUACCGGCGCUUGGCGGCUGACUCGAGCCGCCAGGUGCGAGAGCAGGCGCACCUCGCGAUGAAGGAGCUGGCCUCCAGGGUCGGGCGAAGCCUCGCCCCCCACCUGCGGGUGUUGAUGGGCCCCUGGUGGGUAUCCCAGUUCGACCCGAGUCGCGAAGUUGCGGAAGCUGCGCGCGCCUCCUUCCUGGCCGCGUUUCCCGCCCAAAAGAAGCAGGUCGAGGCGCUUGCCUUCUGCCAGGGGGAGAUGUUCGAGUACCUGGACGAGACCCUUGGGGUGACCCCCCAAACCGUGGACAAGAGCGUCGCGCCCGAGGAGGCCGCUGACUGGGUGGAGCGCCAGCUGUCGGCGGGUCUGCUGGCGAUGGCAACACUGUUGCAGGUCUUGGGGGGGCAGGCGGGCGGCGGGGGUGAUGUCAGGGAGGAAACAACCAGGGGGGGAAAGGAAGAAGCGAACGGGAAGCAACAAACAACCUCCGAGGAGGAGGCCCAUGAGAACGAGAGUGGGCAGAAAGACGCAGACGCGAGCAAAGGUGGGGGCAUAGAUCCGGGCGAGGGCUCGAGUGGGGCCGCGAAAGUGGUGGAACUGGCGGGAGGGGUCGCGGCGCGGCACCGGUUCUUCGCCCCCUGUUUGAAGCACGCGAGCCCCGUGGUGCGCGGGGCCGCGUACCAGACGCUCCGCGCGCUGUGCGAGAGCGCGCGCGCGCAGAUUCGGGAGAACCUCUCGGCCGUCGCCCCCCUGAUUCUGGGGAGCCUGACGGAGCGCGAGCCGGCGGUGCACCGCGCAAUGUGGGACAUGCUGCUCAGCUUCGUGCGUUUCUUCUCGGGGGGUUGGGAGUUUGUCAACGUGCGCAAGGCGGUGCUUCCGGGACUGUGGGGUUUACUCCGGCACGCGUGCUACGGUUCCGCAGAAGUUUCUUACCCCUGCCUGUUGGUGUUAGUCUCACUGCUUCCCCAUGGUGUGGUGGGAACUGGCCCCGAGUUCUGGGGGGAGCUUUUUGGGGCGCUCUGGGGGGGGCGCGAGGCGUGCGUCGCGGAAGUGGAGUGGCAGGCCCUGCUGCGCGCUUGGCGGGAGUGUCUCGUUUACGUUUUAACAAACGCCGAAAAGUAUGCGGAACCCGGAAGAGAGGGAACGCUUGCUUUCCGGCACGAGAUUGUGAGAACGGUGCUGUUGGACACGGCUUGGGACGAGUACAUGCAGUCCGGGGGGGGUAGUAGAGCAGGCGCCGCGACCCCCACGAAAAGCGCGGAAGUGAGCAGAGACCAAGAUGCGGACCGGGUGUCGUCUCACGCACGGGCAGGCCCGAGCGGUCAAGCGGCGGCCGGGGGGGUGGCAGAUGAGCGGAACGGACGGGAAGCGACGGCAGGCUCAAUGGGAAGGGGCAGCCUGCGGAUGCUGGAUCUGGCGGAAGCAAUGGGAGAGGCAGUGAUUCAGAUGGAAAAGAUUGACGAUGCACUUUCUGAGUUCUGGGCGGACCUCACGAAGCGCAUUCUGGCAACGUUGUCAGAAUCCGGGGGCGGUGAUCCCAAUGCAGUGGUGAAAAGGGUGGGGGAUUUCUACAUGGUGGUUUCCAGGCUGGCGAAGCGGCCCCCCGUUCUGGGGAAGAAAGGACCGGCACUGGCGAUGGGGCAAAGAAAGAGCAAUGCGCUGGAUGCGGGGGUGAAGCCCCUGGUUGCCGGAGUGUGGGAACUAGCGGUGGGUUCAAGCGACGCAGUCCCGCUGGUUAGGCUAUUGACCCGGCUUGUAACCCUGUAUGGGACGGAAAGCCUGGGAGGUAUUGCCGACAAGGGGGAGACUGCCAAGUCGCAGUUCGAGGCUGUCCGGUUCUUGGUGACGACCCGGCUCAUCCCGUGGUGCCUCGGGGGGCGUGGCGAGGAGCGAAGCACGGUUGAAGGCGGCACACGGUUGGAGUUCCUGUUGGCGAUUUUAAAGGACGAAAGGUUGCGAGCGGAGUGGGAGGGGGUCCUUGGUAGACUGACGCGCUGGGCUGUCAAGGCGGGGGGGAGCGAGGAGGAUACAGUAGCGAAACACUUGGAGGAUGUGGAAACACUGGGUGCUGUUUUAGGGAAACUCCGCGAACAGGGGGCGGCACGGCGGCUAAAUUUGGAGUCCGCUGGAGUGGAUGCGGCGGCUCUUGUAGUGGGGAGCAGUUCGUCACUGGAAGAAGCCCCCUGUCAGGAGUUUCUGAAGCAGGCGAUGGGUGCCGGGGGGGGCCGCGUUCCGUUCGUUUCGGGGGCAGCGCUGAGGGGCGUUUUGGAGCGGCUUUUGCAAAGGAUGGACGAAGGGCGGCAGGGGGGAAAGGGAGCGGAUUUGGCUCUUGCAGCGGUGGAUAUCGGGGGUGCGUAUGCACUGUCCAAAAAGGUCCCAGAAGAGGUGGAAGAAGUGCGCGGAAAGAUCCUAGCGACGCUCUUUUCUCUGAGCUGGCUCGGAGGCAAAGCCGCAGGGGGCGUGGAAAUCGGGGAGGGUGCAACGGAUGGGGCAACAGAGAGCGGAAUCGAAACGCAGGUCACGCAAACGGGGGGGAAGGAAACGGGGAGUCUAGAGGGUUCGGUCGAAAGGCUAGCGGCCGCAGCUAGGUUGCUGGCGGGUGCAUUGACGCAAGAUGUGGUGGUGCAACUAGGUGCGGAACAAAGGGCCGCCGUGCAGCACUUGUUAGUGGAGGAGAUAAGGCGCCAGGUGGCGGAAGGAGAGCCUGCCACGUGUGUUCAGGUGGCGGAGCGGGCAGCAGAGGUGGUGCAAAGGUUAGCGGUUGGGAGGGAGGAGCGUGGGGCGGUGAUUGAUCUCUCAGUGGCGCCGAUGGGCUCCUGGCCGAGAUGGAGUCGUGCGAUGCUGCCGGCCGGGGGGAAGAACCGGAGAGGAUCUGAGGAAGGUGUGAAGGUAGAGCGGGCGUUUGCGGCGUUUGUGGGGGCGCUGGUGCAGCGCAUCGGACUGGAGGAGGUGUUUCUGGCGGGAACGGAGACGGACUCCGAAAAGGGCGAAGAGGGGGGUGAGAAGAACCGGGCGUGGUUGGCAAUCGAGUUAGUCGUUGCACAUGAGGCGGAGGGAGCCGAAAAUCCCGGCGCCGUGAUGCGCUUCCUCGUCGAGUGCGGUCGGAGCGCCACCGACCGGGAGUUCGCUCUGCUGCACCACGUCAUCGACGGGCUGGUCAAGGCGGCCGUCGCUGACGUCAGCGGGGAACAGGAUACUGUCAGCGCAGAGAACGCGCUGCGUGCGCUGUGCCGGCUGCUGGGCGAGCUGGUGGGGGGGGCCGCCUGGGGGGGGGAUGAGGUGCUCCCAAUCGUGAUGCCACACCUGCGGGAACAGCGCCCAGGGGACUCGGAGGGGGCGGUGAACAAGACCGUUGGCAUAUGGCUGAAGCAAGCGCUAGAAGCGCUCCCCCUGACCGCGCCCGAGGAAGGCCCCAAGGGGGAGGCUGCCCUCGAAAAGGUCCUUCUCGCAGUCAGCUGCUUCCCGCUGCAUGCUGAGGGGGGUGAGGAAGCGGUCAAAAACGCUGCACGGGCGGCCCCCCCAGAAAAGCAGGCGGAUACGCUUCUGGAGUUGCUGCGGAGGCAGUUUCAUUCGCGGGAGGCCAUGGCGGCGGUCGCCAGAGAAGCGGCGGCAAAACGAUUGGGGGCCGUCGAUCCGGGCGACCCGGACGACAUCGACGGCCAGGAUGCGUCGGGGGACGAGUGGGCGGACCGGGUCGAAGCGGCGCUGGCGCAGCUCAUGAUGGCAGCCAUAGCGUAUGGCUGGGCGCACUUUGGGGAAGUAGAGUGGGGGGACGUGCUCGGACGCGUCGAAAAGUGGCUCGAAAAGAUGGUGUCGUCCCAGGAAGAACAUGCGGAGACUCUUUCGGAAGCAAUUGCCGAGGCGGUGCAGACCGAGGGCGAAACGAGUGUGCGCCAAACGGCAGUCUUCGAGGAAGUCCGGGAUUGUUUACACUCGGCCGACGACGAUCUUUCCGGGCUCCCGCUGCUGAGUGUGAAAACACUCGAGCUGCUGCUGGCGCUGCCCCUUCCGGGGUCCUCUGCAAAGGCCGUUGAUAUUGGCGCAGUGGGGGGGAUCGACGGCGAUGAGUGGCUGAGAAUGCGCCACGUGGCGCUCGUGGGGGCGCUCCGGAUGGUGUGCAUCGCGGGGUUGGAGGAGGCAGCGGCGCGGGAGGCGGGGGGCGACCGAACGGCGGAGCUGGUGGUUGGUGCGCGGGAGAAGCAAGGCGCGUUCUGGGGGAGCGUGGCCCGGGUUUCCUCCUACGCAACUGUAGGCGCCAUCACAGAAGCCGCAACUAGUAUGGACACGUGGGCCGAGGUGGGCGUCGGGCGGGGGGCCGUCCCCUCCCUCCAGGCGCUCCUCUUUUCGCCCCGACCCUCGCCCCCCCUGCAACGGGCCGCCCACAGCCUGCUUUCCCGUACCCCCCUGCUGGACGUCGCAGUCUCAACAGCGAAAGACGAGGACGCCUCAGCAGAGGACGAAGCCCUCGUUUCCGCCGAACACCCUGCGGUGGUCGCCGGAAUCCGCCCGGAGAUGGCCGCGAUCCUGGAAACCAGAGCGGGCGACCUGCUGCUCGCGGCGCCCCUAGCCCCAUUGCGCGCGCGCUACCUGCUCGCAUGGUCGCUCCUUCUCGCGCGCCUGCGCAGCCUGCCGGCCACCGCGCCUGCAUACGAGAAGCUGGUGCAGUACGUCCAAGAAACGGGGGCUGCUCUCAACCUGCUAGAAGUGCUCUUCCAGUACAUCCCGCUCGACCUGACCCCCCCGAAAGCGAAAGCGGCGCCGAAACGGGCCGCUAGCCUCGAGACCCCCGCGUCCGAAUGGUUCCCCGUCACGAAAGCGUCGCUCCCAGGCAUGGCGGCCGCACUCUACAUGGACGUGCUGCGAGUGCUCCCGGCUUGCGCAAGGCUCUGGUUCAUGGACCUGCGCGAGCGUAGCGUGGCCGCGGCCGUCGAGGCGUACACGAGCGGCGCGUGCAGCUCCGCCCUGCUGGAGGCGGAAUUCCGUGCGGUGCAGGAGUCCGUCGGAACGCAGGACAACCUGAGUAUCCGCGCCAACCGCGCCGCCCGGGAGGUGAUCGCGGCCUACUCCAUGGACGAGUCCAGCCUCGAGAUGGUCAUCCGGCUCCCUGCGGCGUACCCCCUGCGACCUGUCGAGGUGGAGUGCACGAAGCGCAUUGGCGUGAGCGAGUCCCGGCUGCGCAAGUGGCUGCUCUCCAUUUCGGCGUUCCUGCGCCACCAGAACGGCGCAGUAUCGGCGGCCGUGCUCUUAUGGAAGCAAAACGUGGAGCGCGAGUUCGAGGGCGUGGAGGAGUGCCCGAUCUGCUACUCAGUGAUCCACACGACCAACCACGCGCUGCCACGUCUCCCGUGCAAAACGUGCAAACACAAGUUCCACGCGGCGUGCCUCUACAAGUGGUUUGCGUCGAGCCACAAGUCCACGUGUCCGCUCUGUCAGACUCCGUUUUGA